AUGGAAGCAGAACAUAAUAACAUAAGUACAAGUAAUCGAAGAAAACAAUCUGUUAAUGAACAAAUCAUGACAACAGCGCCAUAUUUUUCAAGAAAAUCAUCACCAUUGCGUAGUUCGUUGAUAAAAGGUGAAGAUCGAAAUCGUUCAUCACAAACAAAAUAUGUCAGUUUCAGUAUGCAAAAAAAUGAAAAAAAAAUAUGCAAUGUAUCAGAUUGUAUACAAAUGAUGCAAAAUGCUACAGAAUUUAUCAAAUUACGAGCAAAUAUUCGCCAAUUUCAUCGAACAUUUACCUUAGAUUCAAAUUUGUCGCAUAUACGUUGGACACCAACAAAUAAGAAACCUCAUAAAGCUAAAAUAGCUAUUGAAAGUAUCAAAGAAGUACGUAUUGGAAGGAAUACCGAAUUACAUCGUGCAUCAGAAAAUUACGCAAAUGAUAUGCAGGAAGAAUGUGCAUUUUCAAUAAUUCAUGGUGACCAAUAUGAAUGUCUCGAUUUGAUAGCUAAAACACCUGAAAUUGCAAAAAUUUGGAUUACUGGACUGAUGUCACUUAUUUCCAAUCAUUCCGGUAUUUUACAGUAUUAUUUUUGCAAAAAAAUAUGGUACACAAUAAUGGAAUAA